AUGCUCCUUCUCCCCUUCUCCGUUGCAGUCACAUGUCUGCUCUCUGUUGUCCCCGAGGCCUUUGCUGCGCCCGUCCCCUCCAUCAACGUCGUCCCCGGAAAGUCGAUCAGUUUGUCGCGUAGGUCGGUUUCGUCACGCGGUACGGAGGGUCAAGCGGCGUCGUUGAGGGCUCGCAAGUUGGCAGUGGAGCAAAAACUUACUAACCAGGGCGCGGACUCGACCUUCUUUGGCUCAAUAGCCGUGGGUACGCCACCGGUCUCGUUUGAUGUCAUUUUGGACACAGGAUCUUCCGACCUCUGGUUGGCCUCGCAGGGCAACGGCACCAGCAGUAUUCCUGCGGGUAUCAACAUGUUUAAGCCGUCGUCAUCGUCAUCCUUCAAGUCGUCCGGCACGCCGUUCCAGAUCACUUACGAUUCAGGAGAAGCGGCUGGCACUCUCGGACAAGAUACUGUGCAGAUGGCUGGUUUCGAGGUCAUGUCUCAGACCUUUGCCGUAGUCGAUGAAGUGUCGAGUGACGUGCUCAGCGCUCCUGUUUCCGGUUUGAUGGGCAUGGCAUACCAACAGAUCGCGUCUUCCGGUGCAACGCCCUUUUGGGAAUCCCUGGCAGAGAGCAAUGGUACACUCACGGAACAAUUAUUCUCCUUCCAGUUGACACGGUACAACAACGACUCCCGCGCACAGGAACUUGAACCUGGAGGAACGUUCACGCUGGGUGCGAUGAACUCGAGUUUGUUCACAGGCAGUGUCGACUUUCAGGAUAUCCCAUCUGGACAGAUCGGCUACUGGAUUCAGGAGAUCGCUGCCAUCACCUCCCAGGGCAAAUCCGUCACCCUGGAGUCGGGCUCGGCAUCGUAUGCAGCUAUUGAUACAGGUACCACGCUCAUUGGUGGCCCGGCAGACGUCGUUUCCGAGAUCUAUGCCCAAAUCCCCGGCAGUCAGGCAGGAACCGGUGACAUGGAAGGUUACUACACAUACCCCUGCGAUACUCAAGUGGAGCUGACAUUUAAAUUCGGCUCGAGCUCGAACGCAUGGCCCGUCUCACCUGCCGACUUCCAGUUCCAGCCCCUUCAGAACGACCCUACCACGUGUGUCGGAGCAGUUUUCGAGCUCGACAACUCGGGCACAACCGCACCUGCGUGGAUUGUCGGCGACACAUUCCUUAAAAACGUCUACUCGGUCUUCCGCUACAAUCCGCCCUCCGUCGGUUUCGCAACGCUGUCUUCUACUGCGCUUGCAAUGAACGGGGCAGUCGCUGCGGCGCCAAGUCCUACUAUCGGCUCUGCACCUGCCUCGGUGAGCGCGACCGAUGUCCCGAACACCGAUCGCACGAGCAGCGGUGCCUUGCGCACCGACCGCAUACCCAACUUCGUGCUGCUGUCUGCUGUGGCAGCGGUGAUUGUUGGUGCCCUCGUUUGCUGA